GGCGGAAGUAGAGCAGAAGAAGAAGCGGACCUUCCGCAAGUUCACCUACCGCGGCGUGGACCUCGACCAGCUGCUGGACAUGUCUUACGAGCAGCUGAUGCAGCUGUACAGCGCACGGCAGCGGCGGCGGCUGAACCGAGGUCUGAGGAGGAAGCAGCACUCGCUGCUCAAGCGCCUGCGCAAGGCCAAGAAGGAGGCGCCACCCAUGGAGAAGCCAGAGGUAGUGAAGACGCACCUGCGAGACAUGAUCAUCCUGCCCGAGAUGGUGGGCAGCAUGGUAGGUGUCUACAAUGGCAAGACCUUCAACCAGGUGGAGAUCAAGCCUGAGAUGAUUGGACACUACCUAGGCGAAUUCUCCAUCACGUACAAGCCUGUGAAGCAUGGCCGGCCUGGUAUCGGGGCCACGCACUCCUCCCGCUUCAUCCCCCUCAAGUAGUAGCCUGCUGGCCAAUAAAGGCAGCCUUCUCUAGUCCUG